AUGAGUCACAGCUUCUUAUCAAAGUUUGCUGGCUCAUUAUUACUUUUUCUUUAUGCUUAUGCAACUAACUAUUACUUCCAGGAACUCACAGAAUUGCACCACGAGAAUGUCGUAGCCCUGCUGGAUUGUAAGGAAUCUAAUCACAAUGUCUUCCUGGUAAUGGAGUAUUGCAAUGGUGGAGACUUAGCUGAUUAUCUAGGUGCAAAGGGCACCUUAUCAGAAGAUACCAUCAGAGUAUUUCUUAAACAACUGGCAGGUGCUAUGAAAGCACUGCAUGCAAAAGGCGUAGUGCACAGAGACCUCAAACCACAAAAUAUCCUUUUGAGUCAUAAUUGUGGUAAAGCAUGUCCACAGCCACAUCAAAUAACACUGAAAAUUGCGGAUUUCGGUUUUGCCCGAUUUCUUCAGGAUGGUGUGAUGGCAGCUACUUUAUGUGGCUCUCCCAUGUACAUGGCACCAGAAGUUAUUAUGUCCUUACAGUACGAUGCAAAAGCUGAUCUUUGGUCAUUGGGAACUAUCGUGUUUCAGUGUCUUACCGGAAAAGCUCCGUUCCAAGCUCAUACACCUCAGGCUCUCAAGCUAUUUUACGAAAAGAAUGCAAAUUUGGGUCCCAAAAUUCCUGCAGGUACAUCGCCAGAGCUGUCUGACCUCCUGAUGGGAUUAUUGAGACGUAACGCAAGAGAUCGUAUGCCUUUUGACGAGUUUUUCGGUCAUCCAUUUUUACAAGGACCAAGAGAGAGUCCAAGUCCCGUACCAGCUGAGUUACCAGCCUCACCAGGUGCUUUGGUUGUAGCUGAAGGGGCUAUUGGUGGUACACGCUCCGGACCUGAAACCAGCAGUCCUUGCUCUAGUCCUGAAGAUGAUUUUGUCUUGGUACCAAGUGAUCUUAGCAGUGACACUGAUAAUAACACCAAUGCACCACCAGUUAAGUACAAUAAGCAGAACAGUCGCGAGGCAGUUAGUCCACCGAGACCCUGUUUCCUACCGAUUUCCGAACCGAUACCUGUACCCUCUCAGAGGAGUAUCGCUCAACCAGCAUCUCCGUCGAAUCCUAGAACCGGUGCCAACAGUGUACCACGUUCCCAGCCGAUCAGCAUGAAGCGCAGUGUUGACUCCCACAGGAGUCACGCGCCAGACAUAGGUUCUCUCAGUCCACCUAGUGUCCAAUUUGUAAUCGGUACACCUCCUGGCCGAAGAAUGAGUGAAACACCGCCGCCACCAAAUACUUGGCAGGUCAGUCCAGUUGCGAGACAUUCUCAUACUUCUAGUGGCACAUCGCCUCUUCGACGUUCUGCUGGAAACAAUAGCUCAUCCUCACCUUUACUUACUGGCCCAUUGGCCGUCCUAGGCUCUCCUACAGGAAGAGCCCUGCAGGAUAACAACAACACCCUGAGGCACUCGCCUAUUAUUCCCUUUGGUACAAGAGCCGUGACCCUUCCUGAAAUAUCUGAAGCUGGGAGCUUUCACAAUCUCUUUCCCGAUACGAAUUCUAUUCUAACCGAUGAUCGUCCCUUGACAUUCAUCGCUCCGGAACUUCCGGAAGAAACGCUCCUGGAACGUGAACAUAACGAGAUCCUCGCGAAGCUCAAUUUCGUUGUGGCCCUUUGCGAAUGCGUUUGCGAAGUAGCCCGAACCAGGGCAGGUCCUCUUGGAGCUCCUCUAGGAGGGAUCGAGCAGGCUAGUAACGGAGCUACGAGGAGAAGGGCUGAACAGGUUAUACUUUUGGUGAGAGCCUUGCAAUGGCUCAGCUCCGGACUCAGUUUGGCUACGCAGCAGCUCAAAGCUGGCCGACUGCAACCUACGGCGAAUGUUAAAGAAGUGGUGGGCACGAUGAACAACAAGUUCAAAGCGUGUCUCGCAGAAUGUAAGCAGCUCAAUAGUGCCGGACUUUUGCGGCAGACAGGAGCCACGGCUGAUAAGAUACUUUACAAUCACGCUAUACAGAUGUGUCAAUCCGCAGCUCUUGAUGAAUUGUUUGGAAAUCCUGCGGAUUGCUUUCAGCGGUAUCAUACAGCGCAGAUAUUGUUACACUCGUUGUCGCAGCACGUGAGUCACAGUCAGGACAGGGCUCUCCUUACCAAAUACAAGGAUGCUGUGGAAAAGCGUUUGUACGUCUUGCAGCAGCAAGGUUACAUCUACGCCACGGAUCCCACGUAA